UACGUCACAUCCGGUCAGGAAGUGGAGCAGCAGUAGUGGAGGCUCGUGCUGGAGGUGUGAAGGUCUCGGUGAGUUCACCUGCUGAAGGAGGAGGUUCAACAUGUGGAAGGUGGUCCAGGUGCUGGUCCGGACCGGCUCUCGGUGUCCGGUCCACCGGGUUCUGACCCGGCAGCUCAGCAACAGAACCGGAACCAGAACCUGCACCGUGGACCCGAACCUGCAGGAGCAGUUCGUGUUUGUAGACUUUACAGAUCCAGAGGAGGACCACCGUCAGGAGGACAAAGACCUCGUCCAUCAGCUGAGCCUCGGCUCUUCCUCCUCUCCUCCUCCUCCUCCUGCUGGACCUCCUCAGGUUCCUCCUCAGAGACACCUGAGGUCUCUGGAGCGCCAGCUGCAGGUGUUGAGGGGCGUGGCCCAGCAGGAGGCGGCGCCCGACUCUCUCAUCCAGUUCCAGGACGUGGACUUCCCGCUGGAUGAGGACGUUGUGGCAUCGAAGAGGAAGAAGAAGAAGAAGGCGGCGGCGAUUAAAGGUGAGCACAAAGUCUUCGGCACCGCGGACGUGGACGAACCGGUCAGUGACACCUGCUGUUCGGGCUGCGGCGCCAUGCUGCACUGCACCGCCGCCGCCGUCCCCGGGUACCUGCCCAGCGAGAAGUACAAGGCGCUGCUGGAGGAGGAGCGUCUGAGCGGCGCCACCUGCCAGCGCUGCCACCUGCUGACCCACCACCACAAGGCCCUGAACCUGCACAUGACCUCGGACCAGUACCGGGCCGUGGUGCAGCGGCUCCGCCCCCUCAAGGCUCUGGUGCUGCUCGUCGUCGACCUGCUGGACGUCCCCGACUCCAUCGUCCCCGACCUGCCCGAGCUGGUGGGGACCAACAAACACGUCGUCGUCCUCGGCAACAAGAUCGACCUGCUGCCCGGAGACUCGCCCAACUACCUGCAGCGGAUCAAACGCCAGCUCGCUCGGUACUGUCAGGACGCCGGCUUCGGCGGGCAGGUGACCGACGUCCACCUGAUCAGCGCUAAGACGGGCUAUGGGGUCGAGGGUCUGAUCUCCAGCCUGCAGAGGUCAUGGAAGUACAAAGGUGACGUGUACCUGGUGGGCAGCGCCAACGCCGGCAAGUCGACGCUCUUCAACACGCUGCUCGAGUCCGACUACUGCAAGUCCAAAGCCUCCGACGUCGUCCACAAAGCCACCAUAUCGCCCUGGCCCGGGACGACUCUGAACCUGCUGAAGUUUCCCAUCAUCAACCCGACUCCCUACAGGAUGUUCAAAAGACGGGAGAGACUGGACGCAUCGGAGAGACAGACGGAGAGCGAGCUGUCUCCGGACGAGCUGAAGACACUGAGACAGCUCAGCAAACAGGGAUACCUAGUGGGUCGUGUUGGCAGGACGUUCCGGUCCGUCCAGUCCAGACGUGACGUGAUCGAGUUCGAUCCCGACAGUUUGGCUUUUGGAGAAAACGAUGACGAAGAGACGACGACGAUGAAGUCAGCUCCCAGCAGGUCAGCUGACGAGUUCACGUCCAACGAGCUGAAAGACGCUCACUGGCUGUUUGACACACCGGGAAUCUUGAAGGAGCACGACAUCCUGGACCUGUUGACGGAACAGGAAGUGAUGUCGGUGGUUCCCGGGCAGGCGGUGGUCCCGCGGACGUUUGUGUUGAAGCCCGGAAUGAGUCUGUUUCUGGGAGCUCUGGCCAGGAUCGACUUCCUGCAGGGGGGAAAGUCCUGCUGGUUCUCCGUCGUGGCCUCCGGUCGGGUCCCGGUUCACAUCACCAGUGUGGAGAAAGCUGACGGUGUUUAUGAGAAGCAUGCGGGACACAUCCUGCUAGGGGUUCCUCUGGGAGGGUCGGAGCGUAUGAAGACGUUUCCAGAGUUGGUUCCUCAGGACUUCAGCGUGGAGGGGGUGGGUUACCUGGAGGCUGCUGCUGACAUCACGCUGUCCUCUGCAGGUUGGGUGGCGGUGACAGCAGCAGCAGGUGAUCAGGUGUUGUUGAGGGUUCACGGUCCGGCGGCGGCAGGUUUCAGUCUGAGGACGCCGCCUCUUCUUCCUCACGUCGUGUCUCUGAAAGGAGAACGCAUCAGAAAGUCGGCCGCCUACAAACCCCAGAAGCCUCCGGGGCUGCUGGACGGAGGACUGUCGGCCAGCGGCGCCGAGCGGCUGCUGGUGAAGAAGAAGAAGAAGACGAAAUGAACCUGAAGCUACAGGUAGGAGGAGCUGGUUUCCAUGGUGACGGUUCCUUCUAAGGAACGGGUAGUCUGCAGACACAACGGACAGUCGUGACCUGGAUGAACACCUGAGAUCAUGUGAUUGUAUGUUUCUGCUUUUCCACUGCAGCAACUCAUAACUAACAAAAUGGACACACCAUCAACACAGAACAGGUUACAGGACCGGUACAUCAUGUAACGUAAGAGUCUACCGUUACAUAACGUAACAUUAGUCUACGUUGCAUAAUGUAACGUAACGGUCUACCAUUACAUAAGGUAACGUUUGUCUACGGAACAUAAUGUAACGCAAUGGUCUAUUAUUACAUAAUGUAACGUUAGUUUACUGCUACGUAACGUAACAUUAAUCUAUCAUAUAACGUAAUGUUAGUCUACCGUUACAUAACGCAAUGGUCUACCAUUACAUAACGUAACGUUCGUCUACGUAACAUAAUGUAACACAAUGGUCUAUUAUUACAUAAUGUAACGUUAGUUUACCGCUGCGUAACGUAACGUUAGUAUAGCAUUACAUAUUGUAACAUUAGUCUACCGUUAUAUAACGUAAUGUUAGUCUACGUUACAUAAUGUCACGUAACAUUAGUCUACCGUUACAUAACGCAAUGGUCUACCAUAACGUAGCGUAACGUUCGUCUACGUUACACAAUAUAACGUUAGUCUACCGUUACAUAACGCAAUGUCUACCAUAACGUAGCGUAACGUUAGUCUAUCGUUACACAAUAUAACUAAAGUCUGUAUAACCGUUACAUUACGUAACGUUACAGUCUAUCGUUAAAUAAUGUAACGUUAUAUGCAUCCAUUGUAAAAAGGUCGUACCAAAGACGCCCAGGGUUCUUAAGUGUUCAGGUUCUAGGUAGAACCAAGGUCAGGUUCUAGGUAGAACCAGGUUCAGGUUGUUAAGUUCCUGCAGUGGAAGAUGAUUUUUCCUGUUUCGACGGAGAACUUGCUGAUAAAAUGUAAUAACUGUAAUUUCUACAUGUUUUUGUACGUUUAUGGUGUCUUGAAUGUGUUUUACGUUUAUUAUUAAUGACUCAGAAACAAAGAAAUGACUUUGAAAAUCUUUAUUAAAAAAAAAGAAAAAAAAAAAAGAAGCUGAACAGAAUCUGCAGAUUAAAUUGAGUGUUAAAGUAACAUUACAGUUUAAAUCCGUUUCCAUCAGUACAGUUACAUCCUGUUAUUUAACCCAUGAACCACAUUUUAUCUCCUGACUGCAUUUACACUGGUAAUAUUAACUGGGGUUUUUAUGGAAAUCUUAUAUUCAUUAGUAAAUUAAAGAGCUGAAACAACUAGUGGAAUUAUCAGUGACCUGAAUAUCUUUGAGACAUUAAACAUGAUUAAUCAGUAAUCAAUAAGAUCUGGUUCACAGGAAGCUAAAUAACACCAUUUAAUGUUUCCCUAAUGUUCAAUUAUCACAGAUACAUUAAUAUACAGUAUAACUAAUAAUAUACAUAGAAAACAGUGGAUAGAAAUAAAAAUUCAUAUUUAUGAUUUAACAACUCUCAUUGUGUCAAACUUAAUCUAUUUUUAUCUGAGAAUUUUGAUUUCCAUCUUUCCAAACUGUUUUGUGUCUCGUAGUAAAGAUGGUCUGUAGAAACCAAUCAAAGAUCAAUAAAGAUGAUCAGAAAACA